UAUCAGAGAUCUUCAACUGCAUCGAGUCCCAUAUCUCAAAAGUCCCCGCCCCGAAAAGCCGAGGUGGCCUCUAUAUACGUAAUGUGUUUUUGCUUUCCAUCUCUACAUCCGAUUUCCAACAGGCCACUCGACCACCAUGACUAUAUCAACGGUAGCAUUCCUCUAUCCAGGAGCCAUGGGUGCAUCCUUGGCCCGCGUUCUCGCCGUCCGUCUCCCUCACCUCAAACUGCUCACCUCUCUUCAGGGCCGAUCCCAAGCCACCAUCUCCAGAGCAGAAUCGUGUGGGCUCACCAAUGUGCCAUUUGCCGAUCUUAUAGCACAGUCAGACAUCAUACUGUCAAUUUUACCCCCAAGCUCGGCUGUCUCGCUGGCCAAAGAGGUCGUCGCCCACGUCGCAACAGAGAAAAAACCAAUAUUUGUUGACGCCAAUGCUGUAUCUCCAGAAACAGCAGCCCAGAUAUCGUCUAUAUUUGAGGCCAAAGAGAUCCCCUUUAUUGAUGGGUGCAUCAUCGGUUUCCCAGCUACCGAAGACUUUUCUUCCAUCCCUAAGCUUUAUCUCUCCGCCUCGCCAGAACGGGAAGACCUGAUGCGAGAGGUAACACAAACACUGAGUGGAGGAGAAGAGGGAAAGGGUAUGAGAGUCAGACCCAUGGAGGGAUCUGGCGUAGGCGGAGCGAGUGCUUUGAAGAUGUGCUAUGGAGGUAUCAACAAGGCCGUCAGCGGUCUUGCUGCGGCCAUGGUGCUUUCUGCCCAAGCCCAUUCUCCCGGCACUGCCAAAGCUUUCCUUGAUGAGCUAUCAGAGUCUCAACCUGCGCUUACGAAGAAGUUGAGCAGAGCGAUUCCCGAUAUGAUCCCCAAAGCCUAUCGAUGGGUUGGGGAGAUGGAGGAAAUCUCAUCGUUCAUCACUUCAUCCAUCCUUCAAUCCGCAUCUAUCACCCAUCCCAACCCGGCAGAUAUGUAUCAAGGUCUUGCGCAAAUGUUUCAGAGAGUGGCAGAUGAUGUGAAGCAUUCCCAAGCUGGACAAAGAGGAGAGGAAGUAAAGAUUUUGUUGGAUUGGGCAAAGAGGGGGGAGAAAGAGCUCGCGAAAAAGGAAUGAGAAUGGGGGAGGGAAGAGCGAAAAGGCAGCCUGUACAGUAGGUUGCAGUCUGCGGGAGGAGGAGUCAUUCGUUAUUCCCUGCCCCCAGUUGAGAUCGGCUAUAUUGUCCAAAACAAUGCAGUUGUAACUUAUGACUUACAAUUCAAGAGGCUAAACGCAAGCUGGUG